AUGGGUUGUGGUCAGUCUCAUGCCGCUUCUAUUCCAGCGGUUGUCGAGAUCAAAAGUGGUAAAAUUGGUGGACGAUCAGUUCUGAUCACUGAAAAUCGUUAUGUGAACGUAUUUAUGGGUGUGCCAUACGCUAAGCCACCUGUUGGCGAUCUUCGUUUCCGGGAGCCACAAGAAACGGAUAAAUGGGAGGGUAUACGGCGUUGUCUUCGACACUCUCCGAAAGCACCGCAAAAGGAAAUGAUCGUCGAGCGAUUCAUUGCCAAUCAUGUGCCAUCCAGUGAAGACUGUCUCUAUUUGAAUAUUUUUGCACCUACCUGGUCACCACCCGAAAAACAGGCGAAUGGAUUUGCUGUUAUGGUAUUUAUUCAUGGAGGUGCAUUCGCUGUGCAUUCAUCAUCGUUUUACGGUGAUAUUGGAAUAUGUCGAUCUCUGUGCGCAAAAGAUAUCAUUGUGGUAACCGUUCAGUAUCGCUUGGGAAUUCUCGGUUUUGCGGCAACCGGUGACGACAGUUGUCCAGCCAAUCUGGGACUGCGCGAUCAAGCGUUCGCUCUCAGGUGGAUCAAAGAGCAGAUACCGAUUUUCAAAGGAGAUCCUGACAAUAUCACUGUGGCUGGUCAGAGUGCCGGAGGUGUUUGCACGGAUUUGUUGAUGCUUUCGCCAUUCUCACGAGGUGACUUAUCCGUUCUGCAGUUUUCGUUUUCUGUUCAAUUGCGCAAUUUUAAGCAUGAUGAUGAUUAA